AGGGUGUGGCAAAACCAAUAGUACUAGAACUAAUAACAAUUAGGAGAAAAAACAUACCAAAUAUGGCUUCUUGGCUUGAGACCUUUCAUCACCCAAGCGUCCAAGAGAAAGAGAGACUUUCCCAUUCACAAAGAAAGGAGUGGGAGGAAACCUGCGGUUGCUGAGCAGGUAAACGAGAGAACAAGUUCUUGCAUACCUCUGCCUCUUGCCGCUACUUCCCACCGGCGAAAAUUCUACUCAGCCGAUCGUAAUGAUCGACACGAGAGUGCUCGCCCACUCUCGCGUCGAUCCAGCAAUUCGAUGGGGUGCUGUUGUUCGUGGGUGCGUGGUAUUUGCGCCAGGAGAUGCAGCCGCGUGAGCCUGCCGAGCUGCAAGUGUUGCUGUUCGUGGAUCCGCAGCCUCCCAAGCUGUACGUGUUGUUGUUCAUGGAUCCGCAGAGUAUGUGGCAGAAAGAAGAGGGAGGCUGGGCAAGAAACAUCGACAUCAGAGACAAAGAAAACAAAGAGGAAAUGGGGGCGCGGCUUCUGUGGCAAGACAGCACAAGAAGCGGAGGAGCCAUUGACAUCAGAGACAAAGAAGAAGAGGAAGAACGGGGUGACGAGCUCUGAGACGGACAAAAAAAGGUGGCUCAAGACCAGGAUUUGGAGAAAGAAGAAAGCCAAGAACGAUCAGUUGGCAAGCCUUGUGAAAGAAAUUUCACUCGCAAAUAGUCCCAAGGCCAGGGCUGCAGCAGGGGAGAUACUACGGAUCGGCAACCACAACAUUCCUAGCAGGGUGUUUACAUUUGGUCAAUUGUCAGAUGCGACCAAUUCUUUCAGCCCGGAGAAUCUCCUGGGAGAAGGUGGCUUCGGAAGAGUGUAUAGAGGAUACAUUUCAGAGACCAUGGAAGUCAUAGCUGUUAAGCAGCUAGACAAGGAUGGGUUGCAGGGAAACCGUGAGUUCCUCGUCGAGGUGCUGAUGCUUAGCCUUCUUCAUCACCCAAAUCUUGUCACCUUGCUUGGGUACUGCACCGAAUGUGACCAGAAGAUUCUAGUGUAUGAGUAUAUGCCACUCGGUUCGGUGCAAGAUCAUCUUCUAGAUCUCACUCCAAAAUCUCAGCCGCUGUCCUGGCAUACACGGAUGAAGGUUGCGGUUGGUGCUGCCAGAGGCCUCGAGUACUUGCAUGAGGUAGCCAAUCCACCAGUGAUAUACCGUGAUCUUAAGGCAUCAAAUAUUCUCUUGGACGGGAGCUUCAAUGCAAAGUUAGCAGAUUUUGGCCUAGCAAAGCUUGGUCCAGUUGGCGACAAAAGUCAUGUCACCACAAGGGUGAUGGGCACAUAUGGAUACUGCGCUCCCGAGUAUGCCAUGAGUGGCAAGCUAACAAAGAUGUCGGACAUAUAUUGCUUUGGCGUGGUUCUCCUGGAGCUCAUCACUGGGAGGCGAGCAAUCGACACCACAAAGCCGACUCGCGAACAGAUUCUUGUCCACUGGGCAGCUCCACUCUUCAAAGAUAAGAAGAAGUUCAUCAAGAUGGCUGAUCCACUGCUUGACAACAAGUUCCCCCUGAAGGGUCUAAACCAGGCACUUGCAAUCUCGUCAAUGUGUCUACAAGAAGAAGCAACCAGCCGCCCGCUAAUCAGUGAUGUGGUGACGGCCCUUACAUUUCUCGCCGAUCCAAACUAUGAUCCUCCCGAUGACAUUGAACCGCAACCUAUAUCAGGUCCCUUUUUUGACAGAGAAUUUAGCUUAAGAGAACCUGAAUUAGGUGAAAAAAGUUGCAGCAAAAAUGAGUAGAAGGUUAGCUGAAGUGAAUUCUGACACGAGCAGAUGGUGAAUCUAGCCAGCAAGGUUUGUAGAGGUACCAGAUGGAGGAGGCACGAAAUUUGUAUGGUAUCUCUAACUUCUUUGUAAUGCACACCACGCAUAGGAAGGAUGUAACAACAUAUGGCAUUCUUGAAUGAGAUCGGCCUAAGUAUUUUAUUAGGCAUAACAAA